CUCGGUUGCAGGAAAAGACGCCUCUUUCAACGUUCAGUGUCUCGAGAACAUUUCGGUGUUCUUAUUGUGAGACUGACGUUGCUCAAUUUUCUAUUGGAACGCCCAAACCGUGAAUCAUUUCCCAAGGAAACCAGUCGCUCUUCACCAGCUCAAGUUUAAUAGAGCUCUGAAACGUGAGCUUUCGUCGCAUCGUCUGAUGCUCAUCUCACCAUUCCCGACCAUAGGCCUUGCUACAUAAUGCUGUUUUACUGAAAGGGCAUUUCGAGUUGUGCGCAUCAUUGCUUUGUUCGUGCCACUGCACCAACUCAACUAGAACUUAUUCUCGAGGCCAUUCCUCGAUCCCAUCUUAUUUGACGCCAAUCUCUCAUCAUGUCCGCAUCAUCGACAGGCGAAUCCCUCCAUUCAAUCUCUCUCAACGGAGCGCGACCUUUCACGGUACCUGCACGCGACAGCUUCUCUCUCGAACUUCCAAUAUCUUCACUUACAGCAAUGUCGGCUGACGCCUCGCUCAAGUCCCCUGUCAGCUACAAAAACCAGCGGACCCCCAGUUUCAGUCGGGAGGGCAUACUAAACGCAUCUCAAAAAUCUCGGCAUCUUUCGCAGUCAUCUGACAACAGACCUGACAGCAUGUCCAAUGGCGCGCAAAAGGUCUCAAGCGAUGAAGGCUCGAACCCACUCAAAAGGAGGAAUACCGAAACGGGUGUCGAUUACCCCCGCCGUAGGGCCACUAUUGCUUGCGAGGUUUGUCGUUCGAGGAAGUCCCGUUGCGAUGGCACAAAGCCAAAGUGCAAGCUCUGUACAGAGCUUGGUGCUGAAUGCAUCUACAGAGAGCCAGGCAUUAAGCUUGACGCUGGUGACAAGCUCAUCUUGGAGCGUCUGAACCGCAUUGAAAAUCUCCUUCAGAUGAAUAUGGUGAACACAACAGCGAAUGGACUAAACCUAACUGACAAUUCGCCUGGGAUGAGCAAUGGCACGGGGCUUGAUGGAGACAAUAUGAUGCUGUCGGCCAAUGCUGCCUCUUUUGGCUCUAUCCCCAAUGGUGGAUUUGGGACUUGGUCCGCCCAACCGACCGGAACCAAUAUCUCUACCAUGCCUAAAGUCCACACUAAUGCCACUAUGCAUUUACUCCAAUGGCCUUUGAUCCGAGAUUUAGUGUCGCGACCAUGCGAUCCCCAGAUACUACUACAACUGGAAAUGGCACGAGAACCACUCCACACCCUGACCAAAACUCCUUGUGUGGACUUGUCAAACACCCAGGCUUACAUCGAGGCUUAUUUCGAGAGAGUCAAUAUUUGGUAUGCUUGCGUCAACCCAUAUACCUGGAGGAGCCAAUACCGCACAGCCUUGUCCAACGGUUUCAGAGAGGGGCCAGAGAGUUGCAUUGUGCUUCUUGUUCUUGCCCUGGGUCAGGCAAGCUUGCAUGGCAGCAUUUCAAGAAUCUUGCCUCAGGAAGAUCCCCCUGGACUGCAAUACUUUACAGCAGCAUGGUCGCUGCUUCCAGGAUUGAUGACUGCCAACAGUGUAGUGGCGGCACAAUGUCAUCUUCUUGCUGCUGCUUAUCACUUUUACCUAGUCCGCCCUAUGGAGGCAUGGAACCUGCUUUGCACGACAAGCACGAAACUACAGCUGCUACUUAUGGCCCCAAGCCGUAUCCCAAGCCACCAACGAGAACUCGUGGAGCGAAUCUACUGGAAUGCACUGCUCUUCGAGAGUGAUCUUCUCGCGGAACUCGACCUGCCUCAUUCAGGGGUUGUUCAAUUCGAGGAAAACGUUGGCUUGCCCUGUGGAUUUGAAGGAGACGAAUCGGAGCAAGUCGGUCGAGAUGAGCUUUGGUACUUCCUUGCAGAGAUUGCGCUACGUCGACUGUUGAAUAGAGUGAGCCAACUCAUCUAUUCUAAGGACUCAAUUGCGUCAACAACAAGCCUGGAUCCGGUGGUGGCAGAGCUUGACUACCAACUGAGCCAAUGGUAUGAGAGUUUACCACUGCCACUGCAAUUUCCUUUCACUCGAAAUGCGCUGCAAGAUCCGGUUCAAACUGUCCUUCGACUUCGAUUCUUUGCCUGUCGCACCAUUAUAUAUCGACCAUACAUUCUAGCAGUGCUAGACAACGAGCAAGCAGUACUAGAUCCUGCUGUGCGGGAGAACUGCCACAAGUGCUUGGAGGCCUCUAUUCGACAGCUUGAACAUAUCCAUGAACAUCAUGCCGGUCAUAUGCCAUACAUCUGGCAAGGAGCUCUAUCGAUAGUCUCCCAAACGCUACUCAUCAUGGGUGCCAGCAUGUCGCCGUCGCUGCUCAGCAUUCUGCUAACCUUGGUGCCUCACCGUGAGGCGCUGGACCAAAUGAUCAAUGAUGUUGUGAUAGAAGUUGAGCGAUAUGCAACCCUGGCCCCUAGCUUGAGUCUAUCCUCGGAAAUCCUCAAGGAGGCAGAGGUGAGAAGACGCGCGUUCCUCGGUACUCCGUAGGUGCCGGUCGAUCUGUGUCAGAUUGGUAGAUGGCACUCAAAACGAAACCAAAAGGCUACUUCGUCACCAGCUCUGACGUACUCUAUUCUUUUACUUCAACUUCAGACUGCGGCGUUAUUCAAUAGUAGCGCCGCCCCUUACUCCCAUACGACCAAGAUACACCCCUUGGGUGCAAUUGCUACCCCAAGAAACUUGGUGGGCUGAAAUGUCGCCCCAAGAAGAUAAUUCUGGGGUGAUAUCCUGGGGUGCAGUGUCGGGGAAUAUGACUUUAUUGGUUGGAUGUUGAGCCCAAUACGGUUCUGCGGGCCGGGUGGCCGGGGUUUCCCAAUACUCUGGCCUCCAAGGAUACUUGAAUGAUCUUAGUAUAAGGAAUCUCUGAUUGAUGUAAUGUAGAUCAUGCAUAAGCUAGUUGCCAGUGCUAGCUGGAGGUUGGUUCCCUGGGGGAAUUGGCGUACAGAUUUCUCAGCUCUGAUUAACCAUCAAAGAACAUGAUGACGUCUCUUAUGAUAGCAUCUAUACCCAUUUGUUUAAUUGUACAAUAUUAAGAGCAU